CCAGCAGUCGACUGCACGGACGCAGUUUACCAUACCGCCGGUUCUUUCACCUGGCCGGCCCGUGCUCAACCUCGCGCUCUAUAUAAUGCCCACGCCCGCUUCCUGCUCUCCUUCUCCCCAGCUCAUUCUCAUACUUUGAGCUCGCGUAAUACAAUUGCUUACCCACAUAGGCAUACAUCCACAACAAAUUCGCGCGAACGCGGCCUCCCUACUUCAUUCGAGUCGACGAUAGUGUUCCCUUAGUCAACUCAAAAGAAGAGCGCCUCGACUUAGUUCAGCAUGGCAACCGGUUCGACCUCAUCCCAUGGUCCAGGUGGAGAGACGCACCGUGCGCAGCUCCGCACUGAUGAUGUCGGCGGCCAGGCUGCCCAGAAGAUCCCCACUGACGAAGCCCACCACCGUGAACCCAAAGACACCUCCAAGCCAAUGACGACCGAACCCAUUCGUGUCCAGCUACCCGAAGAGAACAUUCCCUUCUCAGCUGACAAGAAGGCUGCUCUCGUCGAUCUGGAGAAGCCGAAAUUGGCUGGUCAGUCGCAACCGUCCUCCGGCACGACGUCUUUCUCAAACGGCAAAGGUCGCGGAGGAUUUGGGCCCCCGAAGGAUGCAACCACCGCAUUCUACUUCUCAUGCGAUCAUCCUCUGUUCAACAAGUACUAUCCGAGCGACCCCAAUGCCCCCUCGCGCUCAUCUUCCCCUUCUUCGAAGGAUGUGGAUGAGCCAUCCACGGAUGAGGACAAGUCUGCUGGGGUCGAUCUAGACGUUGUCAAGUCAUCCAAGGAGGCUGAUAAGCGUGGCGCUGUUAAGAUCAAGUCGGCAGAUUUCGAUGACAUCGACGAUAACGUUACGAUUCCCGACGAAACUCCGUAUCAAGAUUACCUGAACGAGUUUUCCGGACCCAAGGCGAAUGACAUCGAGGAAGGCAACGCCAGUGUCUUGAAGAACACCACCACUACAACCAAGAGAUCCUGCCCAGAGGAGGAGGACGACGAGGACGACGACGAGCGCGAGGACAAGCGCGCGUGCAAGGUCGCGAAGACUGACUAAGUUCAGUUCGGCUGAUGAUAUUGCGUCGGUGGUGGGAGUGGCUAUCUGACCCGUAGUCGAUCAAUGUACAAGAGCGUACUUAGCUAUAGCUCACAAAGAGAGAGAAAGGGUGUAUAG